AUGGUGCGGCGCUUGAAUUCGGCAGGGCUCUGCGGGCGUCUGGGCCUGGGUUCCGGUGGCUGGGAGGUGUUGUUAUGGUUGCUGGUGUUGUUGUCUCUGCUGGCCGUGAGGGGUGAGGGUCAGACUGAGGUGGCUCUGGAUGAGGCAACGGUGAGGAGCGAUGCCCAAGGCAAUUUGUACGUGACGAGUGGCGCGGAGCGGCGGGUGUUUGUGGACGGAUUGGACGUGACAGCCUUGGCGACCACCUUGGCAGCGCAGCAGGCAGAGCUAGACCGUCUCCAGGUGCAACGGGCAGAGCUCUAUCGGGCGGUGUCUUCUCUGCUUCGAUCCUCGCAUGUUUUGCUCCUCGGCGGGCGGAUGGAGUCUGUCGCCGGGUUCAAUGCUACCUUGGUGUUUGACGGAACAUCAUGGAGCAGGGGCCCGUCCAUGCCAACGGCGCGUUACACGCCCGGGGCUGCGGUGUACCGGAACGAGGUGUAUGUGGCAGGCGGAUAUGAUAACGCCAAUUUGGCCGCCACGGACAUUUUUGACGGUGUGGCCUGGCGCACCGGGCCGUUGCUGAGCACAGCACGACAUCGUUUAGCAUUGGCCGUUUAUCAGGACCGCUUGUACGCGUUUGGAGGUCGUGCAGACUUGUCCGUGGUGUCGACGAUGGAGGUUUACGAUGAUGACAUGGAGCUGUGGGUGACGACGGCGACGCCCAUGCCUACGGCGCGUCACAGCCAAGCUGUCUGUGUCUUUGACGGGCUCUUGUUUGCUAUUGGCGGGAAAGGGCAACCGCGCGCUACGCUGACAACGGUGGAGGCUUUUGACGGACGGACGUGGCUGACCAUGCCGUCCUUGUUGCAGGCGCGCCAAUGGGCGACGGCCGCCGCGUAUGCGGACAAACUCUGGGUCAUGGGGGGCUAUGAUGGUGCCAGGAACUUGGUGUCGGUCGAAGCCUUUACCACUGCGACCGGUUGGGUGGCUCAGUCGCCUCUGUACGUGUCGUCUCUCUCCGUCUCGGCUGUGGUCUUUAACCAUCGGUUGCUGUUGUUUGGUGACGACGUGAUCCAGGUCUUGAACGGGUCAACCUGGACAGUCUUGGGCGAUAUGCCAGAGCCGUGGACGGAUUACGGUCUUGUGGUGUUUCCCUAG